AGGGACCGGAUCUUGUGCUGAGCAGUGGGAUGGCUCAGGGAUUGAGCUUGGCUUCAGCUUGAAAAAGACACCCUAAAACCACCCUGGAGGAACCUCAGACGUGCCAUUGAGCCAGAGGCAGCUUUUGAGCCCAGAAAAAGUGGGUUUGUUCAAAGAGCAACAUGAUUGUGCACAGCUGUCCCAUGGCUGUUGCUUUCACAGAUUCUCAUAUUUGUGUGCUAUAAACACGGGGUAUUUCAUCAAAAUCUUGAUGACAUGAAGUUGUCAGCUUCUUUCCCAUCAGCAGAACAUCACAGGAGUCUAAAUUUAGCCGUGUCUCCAAAGGGGAAGUGGUGUGAAUAGCACAGUAAGUCAGCUGGGUGGGGGAGCAACUCUCAGCUCCUCUCAAUGGAUGUGUUUGGUGAAAUUUGGUUCCCAUUUCAACCAGCACAGGCCCCUCAGAUCCCUCCCUGUGCCCUAUUAUGGCAGUCCCAGCUCGCUGGCAUCGCGCUGCGGUUGGAAAUAUCUCAGCCCAGUUUCCAACAUCCUCCUUGGGGCUGGUCCUGCCUUUGCAUUCAAACCCCGCGCCCUUUCCCGCUGGGAUCGCUUCUGUUUUUAUUACGAGGAACAAAGAAUGGGGAAGCACAUCAUGUGUGUGUGUCAGGCUCUUUGCUCACAGCCAGCAGGGGAGGAGGAGGAUGUGACAGUCUGUCCUGUCCCAGCAGCUGGAGUGGGACAGCUCUGGGCUCGGGGAAAUCACCUCGGACCCCACCGGCCUUGUCCCAGGGCUCCAUGGAACUCUGGUGAUCAGGCUGUUACUCCCACUUGUCCUCAUGUUGGCAGAAGGCACCUUAAUGAGGCUCAUCUAUAAAGAAAGCUGUCAUCAAGAUCAGCCUCAGAAAUCCCCUGCAUCCCAAAAGGCUAAAGAGGGAAUCUGGAGACAGAAACUUGUAGACAUCCCAAAAAUCAACGGCUUUGCUCAUGGAUGUGAGAAGCGGGAUGAGGUCUCUGCUCGAAGCAGCAAAACAGAGCCCGGGAGUGGCCCCGGCUGGGGAUGCAGAGAAAAGGAACCCACAGAAGAUCAGGAAAUGCAGCUCAAAGGACCUGUAUCCCCAGCUUUACACAUCCCCAGGAGAGGCCACAGCCUGGGCCAGCUGGAUCUGUACAGAUCCUGGCCAUGCAACAGCAUUUACCAGAACUAUCCCGACCUGCAGAUCGGCGGGGACCGUGUGGGGGAGCACACGUGUGACUCGGGCUGCGUCUUGGACCACGUGUGUGAUAAACUCCCUGAUGGCCCUGUCCUGCUGUCCGUAGAUAUUCCCCUGGGCCAGUCCCCUCCCUGUGAGCACCCCGAAAAGCCCAGUGUGACAUCCCUGUCUGGGGAGGAAGCUGGAGAUGAAGCUGCAGAGAGGAGCAUCGUGCUCUCUGAGGAGCCUCUUUCCAGCUCCACGCUCAACAAGUACGUGGAAGCCAAGGUGGCAGAGCUCUACAAGCAGUUUUUUGAAGAAAGCCUGGCCAGGUGUGGCUCUGUAACCAACCUCCUGACUUGCAGCUGGCUGAGGAACAGCCUGGAGCAGAUAAGCUUCCAGAUCUCCCAGGAGCAGAACAUAGAAACCUCCAAGGCCAGGGGAGCCCUCUUGCACUCGCUGGCUUUGUUGAGCUGGCGAAACGCUCCCAACGGGAACAGCUCAGAGUUCAGCACCCCAAACCUGCAAAUCUCCAACCCAGUGGGGGUGAAACGGGGCUGCAGGGUGCAGUUCACAUCCUGACUGAGCUGGGCUGAAGGGCUGGGUGGGAUUAGGGUAUUAAUAUUUCACUCCAGGGAUGAGCUUGGGAAGUGGGAACAUUUACACACUACACUUUUUCAAGUUGGUGGUUUAAGGCUUAAAGCGUAGGGGAAGUAAAAGUCACUGGUUUCUGGUUUUUAAUACAGAAUUUGAAAUUAUUUCUCUCUAAAAUUAAUCAUGUUUUUAUAGUAUCUGUAGAGUCAUAGAUUCAUUAAAGUUGGAAACAACCACUGAGAUCAAGUCCCUCAACCCAGCACCACCACAGUCACCAUGUCCUCAAGUGCUACAUCAACAUAUAAAAGUGUUUAAUUUUUGGCAAAAUAAGCAAGCAAAAAUGACUGCAACAUUCCUGAAAAAGUAGUGCAAGAUUCCUGCAUCUCUGGAAAUCUAAAUACAAGUUUUGAUAUAGAAAUCUUGUUACUUUCAAAC